AUGUCGUGGAUGGACUCUUGGUCACGGCCGAAGAAGAAUGCCGCUACACCUCCCCCACUAUAUCUGACCUCGGAUCAGGUACGCUACUGCCAUACCUGUGGCAGAGUUAUUGGCUCCAGAAAAUCAAACUCGGCAAAAACAGCAGCCACAGAAGUAAAGUUCUGCUCAGACAGAUGUAAAAGACACAAACUCCGACCGGCGGACAAACGCAUCGAAGCCGCCUUUGCCGCCCUCUUGGACGGCCAGGAUGCUUCCAAAUUCGCCGCCAAGCAGCAAAAAGUCAAAGGCGAUCCUCGUAUCUUGGUUUCGUGUAGCGAGGUGGAGACUUUGAUCUAUGGUUCCCGCGAGGACCCAGAGAAGACGUUUGGCCGCAAGAAGAAUAGAGCUAGACGUGGUGUUGCGGAUGGCGAUGUGUGGAAGAGUAUCGACAUGGUGGACUCGGAUACCGAUACCGACGCUGGGACUGCAGAAACUGUUUCUGCAGACGAAGAUGCCAUCGAUACCCGCAGCACCAAGGUCAUGGACAACAGAGGUGGGCGCGUGCGACCUCCUCAAUCAGAAUCCGAUGUCAAUGGCUCGGUAGGCGGAGAAAAGGGCUGGGCGGAGAAAAUCGUCGAAACACCCGAAAUGCUGCAGAAACGAAGAGAGGGACAGAGAAGAGCAGAGGAAAAGGAAAUGGUCAAGUGCGCUGCUAGGAGAGCUGUGGUGUUUGGUCUGGAGAGCAGCAGACAGGAGGGAAGAAGGAUGUGUGAGGCGGUGAUGCAUGGUGCUGUCGUCGAGCCUUCCUAUGCCAAGGGAGACUGGUCCAUUAGAUGGCGUGAGGAGUAA